GGAACUUUUUUAACUACCAGCAACGCACAACUGGCCGGGGGUUAGAACAAAAAGCAUAAAUGAUCGUUGACUCGUAGACGAACCCUUUGACUUAUAGUUGCACUUUUCAUUUACUCCACCCCUAUUACUUCCUGUUUUCAGUAAUCAAAACAAUUUUCCAGAGCGCACACAAACAGGACGUUCUCUUCAAUUUUUCAUCUCAUAAGAUCAUGCAGAUCCGCCAUGGAUGAACCUUUUCUUUCCAAGACAUCAGGAGCAGAGCCUUCCACCCCCAAACAACCAGCAGUGUCAAUCAGGCAAUUCCCCUCCUCUGGCUACCUCGACCUUGGCUCAUUCCGGCGGCAAUCCACUGCCCACCUCUUCACCUCCGAUGCCAUCAUCCCCAUCAUCACAACCCCAAAUUCUUCUUCCCUCCUUAACCUGGUAACCAACCUGAACAGGAAUCGAAUCCUCAGUCGCCGCUCACACUCUGCCCCCUCUGUAUUCACCGAUGCAAAACAAGCAUUACCUGAUUCUUUUGACCCGACACCGCCCAAAAAAUCCGCUCCCUUCAUUGUCCGGCAGGCCUUCAUCGGCGUGGUCCUGUAUGCGAUUGCUGGGAUUGCCAUAUACUGGGCGAAAAGUGGAGGCUUCAAAGUUCAUAACACCUACAAGCCUGUGGAUGCCUUGUACUUCACUGUUGUCACUCUCUGCACCAUUGGAUACGGUGACAUUGUCCCAGACACAACAUUCACUAAACUAUUCACCUGCAUUUUCAUCUUGGUCGGUUUUGGGUUCAUCGAUAUUCUGCUUAAUGGGUUGGUCACAUAUGUCCUCGACAGGCAAGAGGCGGUGCUGUUGAGCACCGUUGACGAGAAUCAGUUCAACACAAUGGUUCAAACAUAUAUGAUUGAUAAAGAGAAGGGGAGAAUGAGAAUCAGAAUGAAGGUGGGUUUGGCAUUGGCAGUAGUCAUAAUCUGCAUUGCAGUAGGAACAAUUGCAGUUCAUUAUUUGGAGCAGUUGAGUUGGGUUGAUAGUUUUUACCUGUCCGUGACAUCGGUGACGACAGUGGGCUAUGGAGAUUAUGCUUUCACAACAGUGAGGGGAAGGUGUUUCGCCAUCAUUUGGCUGCUGGUGAGCACACUGGCAGUUGCUAGAGCAUUUCUGUACCUUACAGAGUUGAGAAUCGACAAGAGGAAUCGCCGGAUUGCCCAAUGGGUUCUUCAGAAAAAGAUGACUCUGGGAGAUUUGGUGGCUGCAGAUCUCGAUAAUGAUGGAUCAAUCAGUAAAUCAGAGUAUGUUAUAUACAAGCUCAAAGAGAUGGGAAAGAUAGCAGAGAAAGACAUUAUGCAGAUCUGCAACCAGUUUGACGCCCUAGACAACAGCAACUGUGGAAAACUUACCAUCGCUGAUCUCAUGGGAAAUGCUUGAUCUCAUGCUCAGCUUUUCACACCGGAGCAAAUAUGUCAUCUCGACAACAUUCUCUAGUUCAACUUUACACACAACAAAAACUACAGCCAUAUCUUUUUCGAUAUGCAUGAAAGAAAGCCCAAUGGUGUCAUGCCCUUGAUUUUCUGCCCAGAAGCAGAACUGGUUAGAUGGUAGCAUAGUUGGAAUUAUGAAUCGUCAAUACCUCAAAUUAAAUCAAAACGGAUUGUCAGUGGCCUCAUUUUUUCUUGCUAAUUUUAUUAUUUACCAUUCCUUAGUUUACUGGAGACCAGUCUUCCAUCUGGCAAUAGAAAAUGAAUAUCAUAUAUAUGUAUAAUGCGUGGAUUGCUAUACUGAUGAGAAGCAGCAGUUAUGAUCUCUCAAUAGAGUUCCCAUUUCCACUCCA